AUGAAUUCCGACGAUGACAUGAUCGAAGAGGAGGACUCAUACGAGGAGUCGGAGGCGACAAUGAUAUUCGCAGCAGAAAUGAAAAAACAGUUCAAAAAGGAGUUCCCAUUGAAGGCAGAAACCGAAAAACGGCGGAAAGAGGAGGCAUUUAGGCGGCACGCACCGAAAGAGGCCAGAAAAUUGAAUUUCGACAUCACUUUAUCACCAGAGCCCUCCGAACUUAUCAAGGCAAAAAGCGACAAAGAAAACGCUCAAAGACAGCUAAAUUCUCUUCGUGAAGAGCACGAGAGGCUAAAAGAGAUGUUGAAGGCGAAAGAAGCGAAACUGGCGGAGAAAUCAAUAGAUUCCGAGGCGAAUCGAGAGAGAAUUCUCGAUUUACAAGAGAGAUGUGAGCUUUUGAAGCAGGAAAAGGACGAAACAGCGCAGGAAUACAAUCAAUCUUUGGAGAUUUGGACACAAUUCGGCAAGAAAUACUAUACAUGGUUCAAUCUCGCCAGUUCUCAGCUAGAUGCCGUCAAAACUUAUGUGAAAUCGGAUGGAAAAUUCGAUAACGAAGAGGAAAUUCAUCGGCUGAACUCAAUGCCUAGAAAUAUGUUGAGAACACUGGAGAAUUUUGAUUUUGAGGAGGAGACUGUGGAAAUGUUGGGUGCUGGAAGUGUUCAGGAGUAUGAUGGCGUCGAGUUUGAGGUUAGAAGACGUGCGGAAUCGCCGGAAGCUGUGGUUGAGGCGGUGAGAAGGGCGGAUGUGUCGGCGGCGAAUUUUACUAUUCCUCAUUCCAACCAAACCAUUCUCGAUGACACCGCCAACAACACACUGAUGCAAGAGGAUCAGACAAUGAUGACCGACGGAUGUCCGGCGAAUCGAUCGCUUAUCGAUUACGAGAAGGACGAUAAGAUUCAACGUCUUCUGCUGGAGAACAGUGUGCUGAAAGACCGAUUGAAUGUGUCGAUGGGACGAGCGGAGAAGUCAAUGUUGAUGGAGGAGAAGAAUAGAACGUUGGAAUUCGAGAAGAAGACACUUCAAUCGCAGUUGGAUAACUCUUUUGGAGAAAUCGAGGCGUUGCGUAUCGGCCGAGCCCGCGACAUCUUCAAAAUCGACGAAAAAGUGUCCACUGAAUCGGACAACUCUGCGAAACAAAUGCAACUUCUCGACCGUAUCACAGAGCUCAUCAAGAAGAAUAAUCAGUUGGAGAAGGAUUUCGAGGCGGCGACGUCGAGAAUGACAAAGAUAAUGAGAGAGAGUACGGAUUGUGAGCGGAGAAAUGAGCGAUUGGAGGACGCUUUUUCGAAUGAACGGGUAAAAAACCAAGAGUUGGAAAGGGAAAGAGACGAGUUGGCUGAUAGGAUUGCGGAGCAGAAUGAGGAGGUGGAACGGCUCAAAGAGCAGCUGGAAGAUGUGAUGAAUCGAACGGUUAAGGUGGCAGAAGAGCCUACUUUCUCAUCGACGACGUUGGGGGCUCCAGGAGACAAAGAGACUGACGCUGGUGAUAACACAAAGAUAUUCCAUAUGGCUAUGAAUCCAUUCCAAGCAGCUCGGGCAGAGUAUCAAGAGAGCAAGAAACGAAAACUGACGGAUGCUCCAGAUGGAGCAGCUCAACUCCGUGAAGAGCAGAUGGCAGAGCUCGAGGAUCGGCUGGAAUUGGUGACUCGCGAGAAGAAAGUUCUGGAAGAUAGCUACAAUCUCCAUAAAGAUUUGGCUUCGAAAUUCCGCCAAGCUUGUAUUGCACUCACUGGUCUUCAGAUCAAACUGAAAGACGCUGAUGAGGGUAUUUGUACGGUGCAGAGUGAGUACGAAGGGGGUUCGGAUAAUCAUUUUGUGUUCAAAUACUUCUAUGGAACGCCCAGAAUUGAUAUGUUGGAUGUGAAGAGUGACGCGUCGGAGGAGAUGAUUCAGAAGUGGGAACCGUUGAUGAAGAAAUACAUUGGCGAACGCAACUCGAUUCCGGCGUUCCUCGCGGCGAUGACUCUUGACUUGGAACAAGAACGAGACUUCGACGAGACAAUGCACGAGAGGACACACACUUUCAGUGUUCUACACGAAGAUUAA